CUCCUCGAUAUAUAAUAUAGGCACAACAAAUUAAACAGCCUUGAGUCCUACAAAUACCACUUUAAUCAAAGCAUCUUCUUCCCGUUUUAGUUUUAGCAUCUGCUCUCGCAAUAAUUUUCUAGUAAAUAUAUUAUUUGAGAUUAAUUGAGAGAACCCUAGUUGUAAAUUAAGAUGAGGAGAGGAAAGAUUGUGAUUGAAAGGAUUGAGAACUCAAGUAGCCGGCAAGUGACAUUCGCAAAGAGAAAAAAAGGGUUGAUGAAGAAAGCUGAAGAACUAUCCAUUCUAUGUGAUGCACAAGUUGGAUUGAUUGUGUUCUCUUGCACUCACAAGCUUUAUGACUACGCAAGCUCAAGCAUGGAAUCUACUAUCGAGCGUUAUAGCAAGUUAGCUGAGGACCGUCAUCACUCAAUGAAUCCUACUACUUGGGAUGUCCAGUUUUGGCAAAGUGAAGCCUCAAACUUGAGGAAACAAUUGCAGCACUUGAAGAAUUGGCAAAGACAAGUGAUGGGCCAAGAACUAUCUGGUUUGGAAUUUAAUGAGCUGCAGCAUCUAGAAAAUCAAUUGGAGAUGAGUUUGAAAAACAUUCGCAUGAGAAAGGAUCAAAUGUUUAGUGAUGAGAUCAAAGAAUUACACAAAAAGGAAAACCUUUGUAGCCAAGAAAAUGAAGAACUUCAUAAGAAGAUAGACCUCAUUGGUGAGGAAAAUGCAAAACUAAACAAGCUUAUUGGAGCAGCAAGACGUGCAGAAUAUGCAACAUCCAAUCCUUCAUGCAGUAGUAUCAGCUAUGGAUAUUAUGAUAAACAUGAUGAACCAAUCAGUCUUCAGCUAAGCCAGGCACAACCUCAAUACAAUGAACCUCCUGCCAGAGCAAAUAAUAUGGGGUCUUGUCUCAAAUUGAGGAUGUGAAAGUAUAACUAAGGAUUAUAAAUAUAUGUUCAUUCUUAAUUUCAUUAUCAUAAACUAAUGAGCUAAAGUCUCUGAAGUACUAGAUGAUCACAGCUGCAUUGAUCAUGCGACAACAGCUCAAUUAGUUGCCAAAAUCAAAGCUUCCAACAACUUGUCUCAAUGGUCAUGCAUAUAAUAUAUAUUGGAGUGGGAUCUUGUGCUUCAACAACCAUACCUGUUCAAUUCAACAAUCAAACGUAAUGAUUUCCUCUGUAUUGUAAAGUGUAAUAUCAUAUAUGGUGUGGUUUUGUAAUUUCUUAUUCUUUUAUGAUGCUUGAUUGAUUGAACGGAUGACAAACUAAACAUUUUGUUAUU